AUGUCUUUCUAUCCUGGGUCUGGCGGCUACGGUGCGCAACAGCACGGUGGCUACGGCUACCCUCCUCAAUCACACUCACCACAACCAUAUCCACCCCAAGGUUACUCUCAAGGAUAUCCUCCUCAAUCACAUUCUCCCCAGCCAUAUCCUGCUCAAGGGUACGGAGCUCCUGGUGGUUACGGGCAACCUCCACCGCAGGUUGCUCCGUACGGCUACAACAACCCUCCUCCACCACAACAAGGCGGGUAUGGCGGGUAUGGAUCUCCUCCUCCUCAACCAAAUGGCUAUCCAGGCCCUCGACCAGGCAUGCCUUCUUAUGCCAACAAUUCUUACGCACAAGGCAACCAUCAAGCGCCUCCUCCCCCUCCCACAGCGCCACAACGGUUCGGCCACGGAGCUCCUCCUGAAUAUAGCUUCCAGUACUCCAACUGCACAGGAAAACGCAAGGCACUGUUGAUAGGCAUCAAUUACUUUGGACAGAGGGGCCAACUCCGAGGUUGCAUCAACGAUGUCAAGAAUAUGUCCACCUAUUUGAACCAGAACUUUGGCUACGCGAGAGAAGACAUGGUGAUCUUGACCGAUGAUCAACAAAACCCGAUGUCACAGCCUACGAAAGCCAACAUACUCCGAGCUAUGCACUGGCUGGUCAAAGACGCUCGGCCCAAUGACUCGCUGUUCUUCCACUAUAGCGGUCACGGCGGCCAGACACCCGACCUGGACGGAGACGAAGAGGAUGGCUACGACGAGGUCAUCUAUCCUGUGGAUUUCCGGACGCAAGGGCAUAUCGUGGACGACGAAAUGCAUCGUAUCAUGGUCAAACCACUACAACCCGGUGUCCGGCUCACCGCCAUUUUCGACUCGUGUCAUUCUGGAUCCGCCCUCGACCUUCCCGGCAUGGCCUCAUCCGCAAUGGGCCUGUUCAAGAGGGCUGCCAACGGAAACAACGUGUACGAACGAAACAAGCAGACCAAAACAAGCCCUGCCGACGUCAUCAUGUGGUCUGGCAGCAAAGAUGAACAGACUAGCCAGGACGCCAACAUUGGAGGCGAAGCCACUGGAGCCAUGAGCUGGGCUUUUGUGACCGCGCUGAAGAAGAAUCCCCACCAGAGCUACGUGCAACUGCUGAACAGCAUCCGCGACGAAUUGGCCUCAAAGUAUACGCAGAAGCCUCAGUUGAGCUGUUCACACCCACUGAACACCGACCUUCUCUAUGUGAUGUAA